CCAGCCUCCCAGGAAAUCGUAAGAUUUAGGGUUGCAGAGAAACCCAGCCAACCCAGUUGAGAAGCACUCUUGAAUCCGUUGUUGCUUCAUUUGUGCACGAUUCCGCAAACAUGGCGACUCAGAUGAGUAAAAAGCGAAAGUUCGUUGCUGAUGGAGUUUUCUUCGCGGAGCUCAACGAGGUUCUUACCAGAGAGCUCGCCGAGGAUGGCUACUCAGGGGUUGAGGUUAGGGUUACUCCUAUGCGCACGGAAAUCAUCAUCAGGGCCACUCGUACCCAGAACGUUCUCGGUGAGAAGGGCAGAAGAAUCAGGGAACUCACGUCGGUUGUUCAGAAACGAUUUAAGUUCCCGGAGAACAGUGUGGAACUUUAUGCUGAAAAAGUUAAUAACAGAGGUCUUUGUGCCAUUGCUCAGGCCGAGUCUCUCCGCUACAAGCUUCUGGGUGGUCUCGCCGUUAGAAGGGCCUGCUAUGGUGUCCUACGAUUUAUAAUGGAAAGUGGAGCGAAGGGCUGUGAGGUGAUUGUUAGUGGAAAGCUUAGAGCUCAGCGUGCCAAGUCCAUGAAGUUUAAGGAUGGAUACAUGAUAUCCUCUGGUCAGCCUGUCAAUGAAUAUAUUGAUUCAGCCGUGAGGCAUGUUCUUCUCAGACAGGGUGUUUUGGGUAUCAAGGUGAAGAUAAUGCUGGACUGGGAUCCCAAGGGCAAGCAGGGUCCCACAACGCCAUUGCCUGAUCUGGUCACUAUCCACCCCCCAAAGGAAGAGGAGGAAUAUGGGAGGCCAGCAAUGCUUGUUGCUGCACCUGAGAUGGAAAUUGCUGUGGCUUAAGAUCCAUUGUAGCUGUUGGUGUAAUAUCGUUAUUAGAGUAUAUAG